UAGUUUUUUAAAGACACACACUUGUAGUCUAACUGAAAGCUAAGAAAAUGCUGCGUUGUUUUUAUAAAAGAAGUGCACCGUCUCUGUGGAAACAGCAGUUGCGUCUGCUCCAAACUGUCAAGCAGAAGUCCACAAAGCUCGGUCCAGACAGGCCUAAAAUUCCGGAUCCUCCGAAGGGAUACGAGCCCAAUUGUAAGACCGAAUUCGGACCGUUGGACGACUGCGAUCGGGUCUUCCAAAAUCUGUAUGGCCGCCACGAUUGGCGGCUGCAGGGAGCCUGCGAGCGGGGGGACUGGCAUCGGACCGGGGAACUCCUGGAGCUGGGUCCCGAAUGGAUCAUGGAGCAGGUGAACAAGAGCGGACUGCGCGGACGCGGAGGAGCUGGCUUCUACGUCGGACACAAGUGGGACUUCCUGCGGCAUGCGAAAUCCGAGAAUGCACCCAAGGUGAUAAUCGUGAAUUGCGCCGAGGGGGAACCGGGAACCUGCAAGGAUCGCGAGAUCCUGCGCCACGAGCCGCACAAGCUCAUCGAGGGCAUGCUGCUGGUGGGCGUGGCCAUGGGCUGCGGCCGGGCCAUUGUGUACAUCCGCAACCGGUUCUACAACGAGGCCUGCAACCUGCACUUCGCCCUGGCGGAGGCCUACCACCACGGCUUGCUGGGCGACAAUGCCUGCGGCACCGGGAUCAAGUUCGACGUGAUGGUGCAGCGGGGAGAUCGCUACUUGUGCGGCGAGGAGACCGCCAUGCUCAAAUGCUUGAUGGGCGAACUGGGCAGACCUUGGCGUCGUCCGCCGUUUCUCACCGAGAAGGGCUACUUCAACCAUCCCUGCUUGGUGAUCAACGCCGAGUCCAUUGCCGUGGUGCCCACCAUCUUGCGAAGAGGUGCUUCUUGGUGGUCUGGAUUGGGGCGAAGCUUCAACACGGGCACCAAGCUCUUUUGCGUUAGUGGUCAGGUCAACAACCCCUGCACGGUGGAGGAGGAAAUGUCAAUUCCACUGAAGGAUCUGAUCGAGCGCCAUGCCGGCGGAGUGCAGGGCGGCUGGGAUAAUCUCGCGGCCGUGUUUCCUGGAGGACUUUCAACACCUCUCAUAGAUCCGCCCACUGCCGGGGAAAUUCUCAUGGACUACGACAGCCUGGCGGAGGCGGGCAGCGGCCUGGGAUGUGGAGCCGUGAUUGUGAUGAGCAAGGACAUCGAUCCCCUGGCGGUGAUGCUGCGGUCCAUUCAGUUCUUCGAGAAGCACACCUGCAAGCAGUGCACUUAUUGUCGCGAUGGCGCCAUUUGGCUGCCCGAGAUGUUUGCCCGAUUCGUCAAGGGGCAGACACACCCACACGAGAUCGACUGGACUCUGACCAUAGCCGACAAGAUCAGGAACAGCAAACCCAUCUGCGCAUUGGCCUACAGCCAGGUCAACGUGGCCGAGAGUCUGGUCAGGAUGUUCAGCCAGCAGGUCGAGGAACGCAUCCUCAAGUACGCAAAGGGAUCCUGAACUUGAAUUUAUACUAUUUUUUAUUGGCCUAAUUAGAUUAAAAAAUUAUUGAGUUGCGAAUUGA